UGUAUGUAGACUUAAGUGUGUAAAUCUACUAAAUAUAAGCUGAAAGUGCAAAUGUACUGACCGUCAGUCUCCUAGCGAGUGUGAUAGUAUACAUUCGAUUACUCUUACUGGGAUUGGGAUACAACGUAAGACGUAGGAACAGCACAAUACAUAGGUCAUUACAUAUAUGAACUUCACUAGUACAUAUAUACAUUUACUUUAGUUGAGCUCUAAGCAAAUAAUUAUCAAGUUGUACCUAUAGAUUAUAAUACAUCAUGUCUGAUCCACAGGCAAACAUCGGUGAUCCAACAACAUCACACCCAAAUACGACCAAUACAACAACAAAUGCGCACGCCUACGCACCUACAGCUAUCCCCAAUUCAGGGGAUGUGGAUGUGAAACCGGUAUUCAAUAGCGGGACAUACGACCAAGCACAGUAUCAACCACAGCAGCAGCAGUUGAAUGUACCACAACAUCCGGAUGGUAAUAUUCAGGCGAGCUAUGGUAGUAGCACUAGUCCGACUACAGGGAUGGGAAUGACUCAACAUGCACAACAAGCACGUGUGGAUAUUGAUACGAAUUCGAAUACGAAUGCACAUAUAAAAACAAUUCAGGGUAGUAGUGCGAACUACAUACCCAAUGCACAGUUUCGUACUGAUUACGGAUCACAGGUGAAGUCUGAGCCAAAUGCUUAUCAUAUUGCAUCACCACAAGCGAAUGCAAACGUGAAUGUGAAUGCGCAUCAGCCUGUGUAUAGUGCACAGUCGGUUCCGAAUGCAAACACGAAUACAAAUUCAGAUCCGAGUUUACACCCGCAGGCAGAUGGCAAUACUAAUGUGCAAGCACAGGCGCCUUCAAACGUCCAGUCGCACGCAGGUAUGAAUUCUAAUUCACCUACUGUAUCUAGUGUUGGGAUGGGUGUACACACGCUAGGUGUGGGGGUCGGAAACUCAAGUAUGAGUGCAAUGUAUGUGAGUGUCAAGAAAGAAAUGGGAACACCCGCAAUGACUGCGCACGCAAAUGAGGGUGUACAGGGGGGUAUGGCGCAACCGCAGCCACACAUGUAUGUGAAUAGUAACAACGGUGCUGGUGGUGGUGCUAAGCACAGAGAUGAGACACAAACACAAGUGCAAGAGAAUAUCACGCCAGAUAUCAGACAUGGAGAUAUGGUACAGGCACAAGCACAUCCACAACCACAGUCGCAACCUCAACCACAAGCGUAUGGAGGUGUCAACCCGGGCAAUAGGAGUGUAGCGCAAACACAGGGUACGGGGCAAAUCAAUGCUAUGGGUGUUCAAGGACAGAUGAGCGGGCCGCAGCAACAUGUGGCAUCUCCUAGUAUUGCAUACAGCAGCUCGCAUACACCAACGAAUCCUCAGGGGUAUACAGGCACACACACACCUGUGGGAACACCCGCACACACACCUACACCCACCCCUACACAGCCACAACAAGCACAUGCAGGCGAGAACACAUGCGCUGGGAAUAUGAACACGUAUACGAAUGUCGCUGUCAAUACGAAUGCGACUGUGAACGAGACUAGGACUGUAACGAUGCAGAACGGGGCUCAACCAGCACUGACCGUUUUGCAACAGGU